AAUUGUGAUUACUAAACUGACAUAAAUUCGGUUAUGUUCACUCAAUCCCAAUUUAAAACAGGACCAAACUUCCAUUCCGUAACUAACAUAUUUCAUCAUUUUUGCAACUCAAAGAAUCUAAAAGCCAUUAAAGUAUUUCAUGCACAUUUAAUUACAACAGGAUUACUCUUCAUCUCCCCUAAUCUUCAGUUCAAACUCAUAUCAUCAUCCACAACUUCACUUCAAACCUUAACCAAUUUUUUCAAAUUACUCAAACCAAGAAACCCUUUGUUCUUAAAUUCAAUUCUUUCCCAUUUUUCCCAAAAUGGGUAUCAUUCUUUAUCUCUUCAUACAUUCUCUUUUAUGCAUUUUAAUUGUAUUGACAUUGAUUCAUACACGUUGUGUAGUUCCAUUACAGCUUCAUCUGGUGUGAAAAAUAUAAACUUUGGGGAAAUAAUUCAUACCCAUGUGAUAAAAUCAGGUUGGUUAUCUAGUGUUUAUGUGGGGUGUGCUUUAGUUGAUUUGUAUGCAAAAUCUUUGUGUAUCAAGAAUGCAGAUAUGUUGUUCGAUGAAAUGCCUGUGAAGAAUACAGUGUGUGUAAAUGCACUUCUCUCUGGUUAUUCUGAAGCUAAGAUGUGGAUAGAUGGACUGGCAUUGGUUAGAAAGAUGUUAUCUUUAAAUCUAUGUUGUGAUAAUUUCACUUUUUCGGCUGCUUUGCGAGCUUGUGUUGGGCUAUCUGCUUUUGAAUUGGGUAAGCAGGUUCAUGGAUGUGUUAUUCGAAAAGUUGAUGAUGUGGAAUCUGAUGUGUUUCUGCAAAGUUUGUUGAUUGAAAUGUAUGGAAAAUGUGGGUUGGUGGAGAAAGCUAGGCAUGUUUUUGAUAUGGUCGGGUUUAGAUGUAGAGAAAGAAAGAAGGAUGUUGUUCUGUGGACAUCAAUGCUCGGUGUUUGCGGAAGAAAUGGGAAAUUUGAAGAAGCGAUUAGUCUUUUUAAUGACAUGGUAAUGGAUGGAAUUAAACCAGAUGGUGUAGCGUUAUUGACUGUUCUUUCCGCUUGUAGUCACACUGGCCACGUAAAUCUUGGAAUGGAGUACUUUGAAUCAAUGGCGUGUAAUUACAGUUUGGAACCCAGCCCCGAGCACUAUAGUUGUGUGAUUGAUUUACUGUGUCGUGCAGGUGAGUUGGAUAGAGCAUGGAAUUUAAUCAACGACUUAUCUUACGAAGAGAAUGGUAAUUUCACUGUUACCUUGUGGGGAGCCCUGCUUAGUGCCUGCCAUAAUUUUGACAAUGUCGAACUAGGUAAAUUAGCUGCUCAAAGGGCACUGGAUUUGGACCCUCAAAACGACGGUGUUUAUGUUCUGCUAUCGAACAUGUAUGCCAGGAAUGGCAUGUGGAAUGAAAUUGAGAUGUUGAGGGAACAAAUAAAAGAGAAGGGAUUAAAGAGAGAUAUAGGACAUAGUUUGGUAGAUAUCACUGGAUGAGAUAAAGGCAAUGAUCAGAAAUAAGCUACAUUCCUCUUCUCAUGGAUUCGUUUAGUCAAAAGAAAUGGUUUAAGAGGUAUCGCUGGCACAGAUUGUGAGGGCCCUUGUUGUUUCCAUUUUGUAAGAUACAUAGCUAAAAGUGAAGUGAUAAAGACUGCCUCUUCCAUCUCAAUAAAGAGCUACUUGAAAGAAAUCGUUAUUCUACUGAACUGGAGUUCUAGAACUCAAUUUUCAUUUAAGCUCUUUAAAGUAUUUUUGGACUUGAAAGGAUGAAUCGAUUUCUUUUUUGUGAAGUGACAACAUAGAAAGAGGAUUUGGGCUGGGCCAUGAAUUUGAAAUGCUCGGACUGGAUGAGAAAUAUAAGGAGAGUUUUAUAGCAAUGAAAG